CCAAAAAGCCGUGUCAAGCUCUCACAGUUCAAAUUGACAGUCAUUUCCAAAAUUUCGUUUACGAACGAAGUACGAAACCUGUGAUCCACAGAUUUGUGAUGUUUAUCAGACCACGAAAAUGGCGAAUAAAGUCGAAAUUGAAUUUGAUGAUACAGAAAAUUUAGAUCUGCGAAAUCGAAACGACGAAGACGAUGAUGAUAAUGUUAAGGACAACUGGGAUGAUGAGUCCGAAGACGAAGAAGCCAAGAAACCUCCCCAAGCGCUUGUUGCUCAAGACGAAGCUUCAAAACCUUCCAUCAAGAAGAAAUCACUUAAAGAAAAAAUUGCUGAGAAGGAUGCAGAUAAACAGCGGCAGGCGGAAAUGGCGCGACUCAAAUUGGAAGAAGUUAUGAACCGUACUCCUCAAGAAAUUGCUGCCGAAAAAGCUAGAAUUCGGAAAGAGCAAGAAGAUUCAGAUUUUGAUUUGGCCAAGGAUACUUUUGUUGAUUCCGGACCUCUGCCGUCCAUUGGAGCUGGAGUUAUUGAUGCAUUUGACCCCAGCACAGCGGAAACGUUCGAGCAAUUUCGUAAACUUCUCGUUGACAAAAUUCAGAAAUACCAGAAAUCCCAAUUUUACCCUUUAUUCCUCCAAGGACUGUUCCAAGACUUGUCUCUUAAUUUGAAUUCUGAGGAUGUUCGGAAGUGCGGAUCGUUGUUGACGACUUUGGCCGGCGAAAAAGCGAAGAAAGAAAAGGAAACGGCUGGAAAAGGAAAAGCCAAAACGAAAGGCAAAACAGGAAAAUCUUUGAUCGCUGGCAAAAAGGAUGACAUGCUGGAUGAUUACGGGAAUGAUUACGAUCCAAUUGACGAUUUGCUCUGAUCUUAUUUAUUCCAGUCCGUUUUGGCCUGCGAAGUUCAUCAGUCUGAAAACUGUUAGUUUUAUACGGCCGAGUUGUCUGGACAUGUUUUUAAGUUAACACUUGAAGCUAGCUUUCGGCCAGUAAAAGUUUCGAAUGAAUCUAUUUAUUUCGAUGU